GUGUCAAUAAAGUUGCGCACCUUUGAAUCUCGCAUCCGGCAACAUGGCGGCCUCCAUGCUGUCUUCUCUGCUGCGCUCUGUACGUCAGAUGGUUCCUUUUUCAGGUACAGGACAGAUACGAAGUUACUAUGUGGACUGGAGAAUGCUGCGUGAUGUAAAGAGGAGAAAGAUGGCCUUUGAAUUUGCAGAUGAAAGGCUUCGGAUCAACUCCCUCAGAAAGAACACUAUAUUGCCAAAAGAUCUCCAAGAAGUAGCAGAUCAGGAAAUUGCUGCUCUUCCCAGAGAUAGCUGUCCUGUCAGGAUAAGAAAUCGUUGUGUUAUGACAUCUCGACCCCGGGGAGUGAAGAGACGCUGGAGACUCAGCCGGAUUGUUUUCCGGCAUCUGGCCGAUCAUGGGCAACUUUCUGGGGUCCAGAGAGCAAUAUGGUAAAUCAACUCCAGCACUCAUUACAGUGGUGUGGACACUAUGCUUGAGCGUUUGGCAUUAAGGAAUGUGACCGCCAUCACGAAUAAACAAGCAGUAAGCAGUGGCCCCAUAGGAUAACUGCUUUUCUCAAGCUGAUGUUUUAGCAGAAAAAAUCUUGGUAUUGUAGAAAUCUACGGAGGACAUGGGCUGUGACUGAAUUGCUUUCUUAUAAUUGAACUUGUUACUAUUAGUAAAGAAAAAAAGAUUUUGAUGUGAAGAAA